AAUUGAUCCCAGAAUGUCCCACUUUUCCUUAGGAUUUCCCUAUUUUCAUUGGAGAAAUGUUGGAGGGUAUGGUAAGAUGUGCCUGUUUUCAUUGGAGAAAUGUUGGAGGGUAUGGUAUGAUGUCCCUAUUUUCAAUGGAGAAAUGCUGGAGGGUAUGGAGUUAUAUGACCCCUGAGUUGUCUGAAGGCAAUCCUGUAUAGGGAAGUUUUUAAAAAAUAAUAAUGUUUUAUUAUGUUUUAUAUAUGUUGGAAGCUGCCCAGAGUGGCUGGGGCAAUCCAGUCAGAUGUGAGGGGUAUAAAUAGUAAAAUUAUCAUUAUGGAAUGGGACGUCCCUAUUUUCAUUGGAGAAAUGUUGGAGGGUAUGAGGCAGGAUGGCUCCUUCUCCACACUAGCAGGCCACAAAAGCAGCCCCUCACCCCCACAGAUCUCUCUCCACAAAAGAUGGCAGCCUAUGGGGCUGGGAGAGCUUGGCCACAGUAGUCCAGGCACUGGUGAAUCCAAGACUAGAUUACUGUAAAGUACUCUAGGUGUGGAGUUUCCCUUGCACUUGGUCUGGAAAUGGCAGUUAGUGCAGAAUGAUUGUUAGCGUGGUCAGCAUAUAACACCCAUGCUCAAAGAUCCGCUAGUUUGUUGCCAGAUUCUGGGGGUGGGCAGUAAGGUUUCGGAGGGGACACAGUUGUGUGUGCCCUCAGCCUGUGUUUCAUUGCCUAAGCUAGCUGGCUGACUUCAGCUGUGGCAAAGACAACAGCCCUGUCACCAGUACCAAAGUAAGAUUCAAUUUACAGCCUAGUCAGCUUAUGUGUGUGGAAGGUGAGUUGAGAGGCACCUUUGCUUCAUGCAGCAAAACGUCUUGAGCCAGCCCUGUCUAAAGGCUUCUUGUACUGCUUUCAAUAGAAUUUAGCCACUUCCAGAAAAGCUCCUAGCAGCUGCUGUCAGAUUGUCCAAUCUCACACUGGAAAAUGUCCCUUGUGCAAGAGAAUUGGGAUCUCAUGUUCACUGAAGGGCAAUCCACACAUGGAAAUGCAGUUCUAGUGUUCUGAGGAGGCCUGGCCGGGCCAAGUUUUGAACCUCAGAAAACUCCUGUUAGCUUCAUCUUAACAACUCAUAUGUCAGAUUUUUCAAACUGCAUUUUCACUAGUGAGAAUUAGAAACUCCUUUGGCCUGUGGAGUUUCUUACUUGUAAACACUCCUAAGGCAAAACAGGAAGCGGAAGAUAAUUCCCAGACCAUCAGUUUAUUGUAUCAGAUGCAGUUUUUUAAAAUAACCUUUGAAUUUCAGAACUUGUGAUUUCACAGACCAUUUGAGGAUCUCUUGUGAAAAACUGAGUGAAUCUCUGUGGUACUUUGAAUUGUUUGCUCCACUGGCAACAGCAAGGCCUGGCCAAGAGGCCAGCCUCUGUUGCCUUGACCCCUGGCCAGUUCUCUCUUGCUGUAGGGUGACCCUUGCCUUGCCAACUGCAUUCCUGGAGGUCAAUAGCCCAGAAGGGGCAGAGGUUGCCGUAUGCAGCCAGCAUGGCGGGGACAAGGCCUCUGUCUCCUGGAUUACCCCUGUAUGUUAUUUUCUCUGCCCUUUUGCCGGCCAUGAAGGCAGCACGUGGAGAUUGCCAACUGUGGCUGGUUAAUGAGGCCAGGAAAUCUAGGACUUUUGGGUACCUCUGUCCCUUGCAUUAGUUCUAUUAUUGUUAUUAUUUAUAUAGGUUUAGAGUAACAAAACCAAACAAAAAGCAGGUCCCUGCCCCCAAACCACUUACAGUUAGGGUUGGGCAAAUCUAGCACUUUUGGUUCCCCCUCAGUUUUCCAGACUGAAAUUCAUUUCCACAUAAGUUUGCAUUUUUUAAAAAAGCUCCUCAUGAAAAUUAAUUGCAUUUUAGUAAGAACUUCCUCUAAUAAACACAUCUGAAUGCAAUUUUGUUAGACGUUUUCCAAUAAUACAAAGCAUUUGGUAUGACAUUUUCACUAAUACAUGCAUAUUUAUGAACACUUGACCCCAGUAUAUGCGUUUUUGUACGCAAUGUCUCAGGAAGCACAAUGCAACAUUUGGAGAAGUGCACAUUUUGAAGGUUUCCUGUGUUUCAGUUCUCAUUAGUUUUGGAAAGUUUAAAUUAGGUAGAUUUGCCUUUAAACACAAACAUAAUUUAAUUUCUCUUGCGCCCCUACUUAUGGUCCACAGUUUAGUGCGAGGGAGACAACAGAAGGGGGGGAGAGAUGGAAACAAAGGUCAAGUGGGGAAACCUAUCCAGCGUUGGAAGCUUAGUUUCAGUACAGAAUGAGGACUAAGGGGUUGUGCCAAAGGUGUCAUAGAAAAGGGACUUUUGCUGAUUGCCACGAAGUUGGUGGGGAGUGACUGGCCCCCAGGGUUGGCCCAGGACCUGCUGCCUGAAAUGAAAGGCAAUAUGUCCCCACACAGGGGCGCAGCUAGCUGCUCUGGCACCUGGAGCGGCGGGGGUGGGCUGUGGCCCUCCUCCCAGGGGGGCGCUGUGGCAAGCUGCCCAUGGAGUCCGCUUGGCGGACGCAAGCCCCAUGCUGCCAUUUUGGGCAGUGCAGGGCCCCGAGCCACCACGUCACUCCCAGGAGAGACGCGUGGCUUGGGUGUGCUGCAGGCCAGGCCCUGCAGUAAGUGCCUCCCCCCUGCAGUGUACCAUUUUGUAACCCCCUCAGGGAUGACACCCAGGGUGGACUGCACCCUCUGCACCCCCCUUCCUAUGCCCCUGUCCCUGCACCCAUUCCAUGUACAGAAGCUGACAAUUUCCUCCUCUUCAAACUUUGCAAGACAUUUGUAGCUAUGCAAAACCUGAGGUGCUUGGGAUAGCAGUCCACGCUUUACAGGAAGAAAAAAGACAAAACAGACAGCUGAUGCUUAUAUAUAGACACACAUUGUUAUAAAUGGGUAACUCGGGCUGUAAUGUGCCAAAGGGAGAAGUGGAUGGUCUUGCCUUCUGGCAGGGAAUGGUUGGACGGUUAAAUUUGUGCCAGAAAAGAUACCUAGAAUGAAGCCUGUCUGCAGUCUAUGCAUACACACACACACACACACACAGAGAGAGAGAGAGAGAGAGAGAGAGAGAGAGAGAGAGGAGACAAGUAGCCCUUGCAACAUUUCCUAGAUGUGGGGAUACUGGCUACAAUUAGGAGGGAAAUGCACUCUGCAUAUGCACAUAAGCAACCAUUUUCUAAUACUAAAACUAUUCCAAGGUUGAUCCUAAGCCUUGGCUUGAAGCAAACUCUGUUGACCUUGAAAGCCUUUUCCACCUUUUUUGAGGCCCACUAAAAGUACUUGGGGUUUUUUUGUUUUGUUUUUGGCAUGCUGAACAAAGUUCCCCAUGGAGUAUUGUGUAACUAAAUGUUGGCUCCAUCCUCAUCGCAACCUCCAAGUCUCCAUGGUGACCAUGGCUGGCUCCCCACCUCUCUUUGAUGAGUUGUCAUGGAGAUUCCUUUAAAAACUCAGGGGAACUGAAGUGUUCCAGCCAGUCCUUCCUUGAAGCUCAGGGCAGGGUGAAACAUAAAAUCCUGUGGGGAGUUACUGUCAGUUUUCCACUGAGACUUUGUAGGAAAACAUACUUGGGUUGUGUAAAUGCAAGGCAGCCACUCUUCCCAUUUACCUGAGGCAGUCCCUGUCUUCUGAUAGUCAAUUACUAUCCCUUUUAAUGUUGUUAUGUGCACUAAAGAGGGUGUUCACCUGUCCUACUUUACAGAGGACAGUCCUCAGUUUGGAGACCUGACCAGUUCAAUGUUGUGUACACACCAUACCUUCUUCUUCUUCUUCUUCUUCUUCUUCUUCUUCUUCUUCUUCUUCUUUUUGCUUUUGCAUUUUUUAAAUAAGUUUUUAUUGUUAAAAUAAUUCACCAUUAAUACACAUAUAUUACAAAUAUACAAGCAUACAAAUAUACAUUUCAUAAAAUCCUUAAAAGUACCUUCAAGGUACUUUCCCCCCACAAAAAAAGAAUCCUGGGAACUGUGGUUUGUUACGGGUGCUGGGGAUUGUAGCUCUGGGGUGAUAAACUAUAGUUCCUAUGAGACUUUAAAUGUACGCUAUGUAUGCAGUCUCAGCUUGGUUUAGAGAGAAAAAGCUAUCAGAGAGCCUUCAAGUUGCUCAUCAACAGUUGGCACCUAGACAGCAGACUGAAGAUGAGGCACUUCUAGGGUGACCUAAUCAUCCACCUACAUCUACCUUUGCUCCAGUACAAAAGUACCCACACUUCUGGCCCCCCCACCUGCCUCCUUGGUGUAAGGUAUUGCAUUUUUAUGAACAUUAAAGUGCAUCUAUUCAUAUGAAUUAGUGUAUGCACAUUUUAUUGAAAUCAUCUUUGGCCCUCUUUUUCAGGGGUGGAAGGGCAGGAUAUAUAGCUACAGCCGUUCUUGGAUUGAGCUAUCUGUGAAAUGGUAACCACAUGGUUGGAUUACUGCAAUGCACUCUAGGUGGGGGGGGGGGCUACUCUGGAAUCAUAGAAUUGUAAAGUUGGGAGGGACUCUGCAGAUCAUCUGUUUAAACCCCCUGCAAUGCAGGAAUACACAGCUGUCCCAUAUGGGGAUCAAACCUGCAACCUUGUCACUAUCAGCACCGUAUCUAACCAACUGAGCUAUCCAGAAGAAGUUGUUCUGGAGGCUACAGCUGGUACAGAAAGCAGCAGCUAGGUUGCUUGUGAAUGGGUGGGUGGGACAUUGGAUAGAACACCUUUGCUAUCCCAAUCCCGCAAUGGCUGUAGCUAUAUAUCCUGUCUUUCCUCUGGAAGAAGCCCAGGGUGACAGGCACAUCAACAAGAAAGCAUUUAUUUUUUAAAAAGCAUUCUGAAAACAGUUACAUUCUAAAAAGCUUAAAACAUUCUCUGAACCAGUGAUCUCAGGGUUGCCAGGAACAGUGUUUCAUGCCAGGGAGUUUUCGAUUUCCUCCUGAAAGUCAAUAAUGUAAAUAAUGAGGGAGAGAGAUGCACCUUACCAGAGGAGGACAUACCAAAAAUAGGGAACAACAAACAGGUCACUGCCAACCAUGCAAUCACCAGCAGCAGUGGCAUCACCAUGAAGCUUUAUUUGGUUGGCACUUAGGUCCUAAGCCAUUUAGGGUUCCAUCUGCUAGUACUACUACCUUGAAUUGGGCCCAGUAGCUCACUGGCAGCUAGUGCGGUGCUUUCAGGACUGGUGACACCUGAUCUCACUGGAUCCCACCCUAGUUUCGGCCUCCAGACUAUCUUCAAGGGCAGCCCCACAAACACAGUCUUAUUUGGUAUAAAAAAAAGCUUUCCUAUGUUCCUGACUUUAGCCCAUGACCAGCAUGGUAAUGCUAAUCAAUGCUAUACGGCAUUUUCUUAUAGUGGGGAUGGCUAAAAGCUCUGUUAUUAUCAAUUAAAAAACAACCAGAUUGACAUUCUCAGUUUUAACCAGAUCUAUUACUGAGAGACUAGCUUCUCUUCCAAGGUUUGAAACAUUCUUCUCCCGGGAACAUUUACAGCCUUGUUGACAUUGCUGAGGCAAUGAACACAACUCAGGGACUGUGUUUACUACCUCUGGUUGGUGUACUUAGCAUCUGAACAGCUCCAGCUUCUUCCAUCUAAGGAAGGUGCUAUCUGUGGCCCUAUAGAUGUUGUCAGACUAGAGGGCCCGAUUUAGGUUUGAUGAGGUCCCAAGCUACUAAAGGUAAUGGGGCCCUUUAUACGUCCAGCUGUCCUUUGUCAACAACAAAUUGUCACGGUUUUUGUGUGUUGACUAUAUGCUAUAUGGUAAUUUAUGGACCUAAUAGGUAUCUAAAGCCAUUUGCCACUGUUGCUGUAGGUAGGUUUUAUUUGAUUUGUUUUUUCUCUUAUAUUUUGGAAAAUAUAAGUUUUUCCCCCUUUACAUUUUUUGUGGGGCCCCAAGAGAGUGCGGCCCUAAGCUAUAGCUUGUUUAGCUUAUACGUAAAUCCGGCACUGUCGGACUACAAUGCUCAUCAGCCAUUGACCAUGAGCCACGCUGGUUUCAUGUAAAGGAAAUUCCGAAUAAACAUCAGGAAGAGCUUUCUGAGAAUAAGAGCUGUUGGACAGUCUCCCUUAGGAGGUGCUGGCCUCUCCUUCCUUGGAGGUUUCCAAGCAGAGGCUGGGUGGCCAUCUGCCAUCGAUGCUUUAGCUGAGAUUCCUGCAGUGCUGGGGGCUGGACUAGAUGACUCUGGGGGUCCCUUCCAACUGUACAAUUCUAUGAUGGGAUGGGGGAGAGGGAGUAGGUCAGCCCCGCCCCGCGUAAUUGAGCAGGAGACGCAGCACAUAAUUCCCACGACAAUGCCCACUAACGAGGGGGCGGGGCUCAAAUAUUUUACUGGGGCGGAGCUAAGGGCCCCUGGGCCCUUAGGAGUUGGCCCAAUGCAGCAAAGAAAGGGGGCAGCCAGUGGCGCGGGAGGGAAAGGGAAGAGUGCUUGAUCCUCGGUGCUUGAUCCAUUGCGGAAUCCAAUGCGGGGGGGGGGGGGCAGCGAGACGGUGCAUGCGCACUUGCGAUGGAAAGCAAGCGGGGUGUGUGUGUUGGGGGGCUGCUAAGACAUGCACCAGAGUUGCUGCUGCAGCAGCCGCCUCCUGGAAGUGCUGCCGGGUCUGCCGAGAGGAAGAGGAGGGCUGCCCAACUCUUGGUGCGAUCGCGUGUCCGCCAGGAAGGGGUCGGGUUGGGGGAGCUCCGAAGCGUCGCCGGCGCGAAAGGGGCGGAGGAAGGAGGAGCGAGACAGAGGAGGCGGGCGGCUCCGCAGGGUGAGUCGCGGCAAGACUCGCCGCCCCCCUCUCUCCCGACUCCCGCAGGCAGGCAGGCAGGCAGGCGAGGAAGGGGUCCGCGCCACCCCACCCCACCCUAGGGCGCCCACAGAUGGAGGCGGUGCAGCCCCUCUCGGGCGCGGCUCCGUGAACCCCGAUCCCCAAAGGCUGCCAGUGCCCCCGUGGCAACACCUGAGCCAUCCUCGAAGGGGAGGGUCAGAAGGGAGAGCCCUCCCCCCAGAGGUGGAAGGAGGGACGUGGGAUCCUUGGCUUGCCCAUGGAGGAAGCGGGGAACCUGAUUUUACAGUAUUUUAUUUUAGCAAUGCCGAGGUGGCCCGUCUGCCUCCUCUGCCUUCCGCCCCCAUUUUCCUUCUUAGCAGUGGAUUCAGACGUGCUACACACAGUUUGUGAAACAAAAUAGGAGAAUUCCAAUCGCUUCCCUCCGCUCAGCGGGAUGUAAUGCGAUUUGAUCUGCCAUCCUCACUUCCUUACCUAAAUAAAAGAAAAAAGGCAGGAUAGAAUUGGGAUGGGGGUUUUUAAAAACAUUUUUAAUAAACAAACAAACAAACAAACAAACAGAAGUCACAAAAUCAAUCACCAUAUUCUGUAGGUUCUGUCUUGUGGUACUUUGCUCUCCACCUUCCACAAACCUGGUAAACCUCCCAAAUGUUAUUUGAGGUGUCACCUGCUGGGUUAAUUUCUGCAGGUCUUGCGAAAUCCAGUAGUCCCAGGGGUAUUUUGAAUUUCUGUGCCUUCUAGGUAGGGCUGUUUUGUCUGUCAGUCGUUCUCAAAGGAGAAGCUGUUUAGGGCAUAUGCCCAUAGUAGAUUGGUGGAUAUAUAUAUAUUUUCUAAGAUGAUUGGAGCAUGGGUUACAUGCCAUAUAUUGUGGUGAAUUUCCUGUGGUGGGGUGGUGGGGAAUGUCAUCAGUAGACAACACCACAUUGCAUGUGUUUGUGUGGCCUCCAGGGUCAUAUUUUUGAUGGUUUUCUCCUGUUUUUUUGCAUAGGGUCAAGGAGACCAGUUAACUCUCAGCAUUGUUCUUUGUUGGAUUAGUUACUGAAGAGAUGGCCCAUACUGCUGCCAACUGCCAUUUUGGAAGGAUGAUAGUGGCAGGAUCCACACUCCCAUUUCACUCGCCAAUAGUCUUAAAAUGAAGACCUUCAUUUAGGUAAGCAUAUGAAAAUGUGGCAGAUCACUUGACUCCUGAGGCUUCCACCAUUUUGGAUGAAAGUAGUGACACUCCUUAAUCCCAGCGGCAUCGUUAGAAAGUGGCUGAGGGGACCCAAGCCCUGGGCCUGUUGUGGUGGGCCACAGAUCCCAUGUUCCUCCUCUCUCUUGUGUAAAAUCUUCCUUUUUUAAAAUAAAAAAAAAGUCUAUAGGUCAGCUGGGCACCCUGCACAUCUCAGUGCUGCUGAGACUCCAUCCAUGUACCACCUUAAUUUUCCAGACGCAUUUAUACAUAUAAAUUAACAUAUUAACAUUUUGUGCAAGUUUGUGUCAUUGGCCUGUGCCCCAAGUCCUUUAAAUACCUAGUAGUGCCUCCCAUUAGGCCUUUACUGCUUUGCAGCAGCCAGGUUUCAUGAUACUUGGAGAAUUUGGAAAUGCACAAGAAUAUUCGUAGAAACAGAAGGCACCCUUUCCCAUAACGCAAUAGCUAGUAGUUGUGGUUGGAAACUUGAUUUUUCCCUUGGAGAAACACACACACAAACACUUGGAAUCUUUUCAUAUGCACCGCGUAUGUACUUUGCUGGCAUUAUAAAGUGUCUUGGGAAAUCAAGCUGUAUUUCACACCCAACAAAACAGUAUAUCGUUCCAAGUUAUGGAGUAUAUAACAUCUUACAGGAACGCAUUGUAGAUAUUAGAACACGACACAAAAUUUACACGGAAAAGGUUUCUGUGCAGAGUAUAUAAUUGACACAGGAUUAUUGUACAGUGGUAUAUUUUGCUCUGCUUGGCCUUGCAUGCUUGUGUUUUUCUAGUGCAUGCAGUUGUGUUUAAACUGUUGAAUUUAUCUUAAUGCUGCCAGCAUUUUCAGCUGUACACAGUUAUUUCACAUACUGUAUAUUCAAUAAAUGUUUUCCAAUCUUCUCUAAACAUAUGUUCUUCUUGUUCUCUUAUUGCAUAUGUUAAGUCUGCAAGCUGCACACAUUCUGUCAACUUAAGCAGCCACUCUCCUUUGGUUGGGACCUCACUUGUUUUCCAUUUUUGGGCUAACAAAACACGGGCUGCAGUUGUGGCAUACAUAAAUGACUAUGAUUUUGAGUUGUGUGUUCAACUUUUUACCAGGUGGUUUUGGGCAAGCCACCAUCCCUCAGCCAUAGUCUUAUCUUCAGUGAUAACAACGCUGACCUACCAGACAGUGUUGGUAGUGAGAGGAGUGUGUGAAGUGCUUUGAAUGGGAAUAAGAAACACUAAGCAAAUUACUCAUUUUUUGUCAUUUCUUGUAGAGGAGUGGGCUCGUGAAGUUAGCAGCACCCGCCAUGGUGGACGUUCCCUCUUCUCCUGCCCAUGAAACGGAUUUCUCACCACGUCGCAUACCUGAGAACGGCUCUGAGGGAUCCGAGCUGCCGGUAUCCCUGGAGGACUGGAACGAUGGUGAGAAGGAGCUGGACUUCACCGGAAGCUCUGUAGGCCACUCUAGGAAAAAGCACUUUCUGUGUGUCUCAUUGCAAGGCAAGGAUGCCGCCGCUGCCGCCACCUCCAAGACUGAGGUGAGGGUGGCAGAACUGCAACACUCCUCCCUCUCCAGCCACAAGCCCCAGCAGUGUAGAAAGCAAGGGUUUGUGGCCCAGGAGGUGGGCAGGCCUAUAGGCAGCAUGGAGGAAGCUGGGCCUUCCCAUGGGAGGCAUCUACGGUCUCAGGGUGCCUGCAAGAAGAAGGGAACAGCGGAGAAUGGGCAGGAAGUGCGGGAGAAUCUAGAAGCCCAAGCUCCCCGCUCAGAUGACGUGGUGCAGCUGAUAAAUGAAGAUGGGGUGUAUUCCUCAGCCAAGCUGGUGCCCGCUACGAAGGUGGCGCUCUCGCCGUGCCUGCCACAGCGUUUGGAGCUCUGCAGAGGGGAGGAUUUUGAGAUCCGGGAGGUGAUCGUGGAUGAGAAGCCAUUCCAGUGUGCCAUCUGCACCAAGGCUUUCAAGCGGGCGUGGGAGCUGUUCAGCCAUGAAGUGGUGCACAAUGAGGAACGCCCCUUCUGUUGCCAACUGUGCCAGGUGAGACGGGUGAAAGCAGGCAGGAAGCUAGAAAUGGGAAUGAAAGCAAAAAAAAACCAUAGAGAACUAAACUGUUGGGUUCCCACGAUUAGCCUAUGGAGCAAGGUAAAAAUCCAACUCAUAUUUUGAGGCAGAGCUGCUGCCCAUUGUUAGAAAUGUACUGAUUCAUGCUUCCUUCUUUCCCGGACCUGUAAACACCAUCUAGGGCAGAGUCUUUCCCUGCAGCAUUUUCCUUGGGAGGAAAUAGUAAGGGAUAUAUGUGUGUUUGUGUUUUGUGCUCUUUAUAUUGCAAUAACUAAGGGCCUCCAUAUGUUGCUGGACUGCAACUCCCACCAUCUCUGACCACUGGCCAUGCUGGUUGGGGCUUAUGGGAGUUGUAGUCCAGCAACACCAUUGUAAAGUUGGAGUUCUCAUAUAUAACAACCAGCUGGGAUGGAAGCAGUUCAGGUAUUCUGAUGGAAUGGCAACAGCUCAGGAAAGCCAAAGGCAUUCUUUUCAUUUUGGGCAACAGCUGGUAGCCACCAGUCAUUCAAAAGCAAUCAGAACACCUUAUAUAAGGAUGUUUCAUGGUUAAGCCAUACAAAAAUCCAUAAAGAUGACCAUCUUCUUUCUUCUUCUUUUUGUAAAUAAUUUUUUGUUAAUUUUCCAUUAAUAACUUUCCAAUUAAUAACAUACCAAAUCAUAACACAAAUAAUAAAGCCAAUUAUACAUUCCAAAUUAAAUAGAUGACCAUCUUCUUUUCUGUGUGGCUUUAUCAAUAUGAUAAAUGACAAGAGGCAAUUUGUGCAGAGGAGCAGGCACCGGAAACUAUUCCUCUCUGUCCGGCAGGGGAUCCCUGGGGGUUGCUGCGUGUGUGUCAGCCUGUUGCUUUCUGCCCCGCUUUCCCUCUCCCGCUUCAGGCCUCGUUCAAGCGCCAUUCGGACUGCAAGAGCCACGCCCUCGUGCACACGGAAGAGCGGCCCCAUCGCUGCGAGCUCUGUGGGAAGCGUUUCAAGCGCGCCUCCAACCUCGCUGAGCACCGGCGCAUCCACUCGGGGGAGCGCCCUCACCGCUGCGCCGCCUGCACCAAGCGCUUCAAGACUCCCUACGAGCUGCAGAGGCACAUGCUGACGCACUGCGCGGAGCGGCCCUUCGCCUGCACCGCCUGCGGGAAAGGCUUUGCCGCGGCGGGGGCCCUCCUCUUGCACCAGCGGCAGCACUGCGACGACAAGCCCCACGUCUGCGGCGUCUGCGGCAAGCGCUUUGCCUACGGACACAGCCUGCGCGUCCACGAGAGGGUGCACACCGGGGACCGCCCGUUUUCCUGCGUCCUCUGCGGCAAGGCCUUCAAGCAGUCCAACGCGCUGGCCUCGCACGAGCGGGUGCACACGGGGGAGCGGCCCUUUGCCUGCGCCACGUGCGGCAAGGCCUUCAAGCAGUCCUCGUACCUGGCCAUCCACGCGCGGUCUCACACCGGCGAGCGCCCCUACGCCUGCGGGGCGUGCGGCAAGGCCUUUGCACGGCCCUCGCUCCUCCUGCAGCACCAGCGCGUCCACAGCACCGAGCGGCCUCACCGGUGCCGGCACUGCAGCAAACUCUUCAAAGACUUGGCCUACCUGGCCGUGCACGAGAAGGUGCACACCGGCGAGACCCCGUACAAGUGCUCCAUCUGCCAGAAGGGCUUUGCGCACCCGUCCAACCUCCUUCAGCACCAGCGAAUCCACCGGGAUGGAUAGCGAGGACGGGCGCCAAGAAUAAUUUGUCAUUCAGUGUAACUUUACUUUCCCCGACUAACAGAAAGGCGGCAGUUUCUGUUCACCUGUGCACUCCAACCUGCAUCAGUGCCACGCCUGCAUGCUGCGGUGGACGGAGAGCAUCACUUGCAUGCCCUUUUGCACAUUCCCCAAGCCAUGCUCAAGCUUGCCUGGGCGUGCGUUGUUGUACACAAAUGCACUAUGGUUCCCCGCCCCUGCAGCAGCACGAAAAUAAAUAGUAGCUGGAGUAUGAGGAGCAGGGCUCCGUGUAUUUCACACAAAAUUGCACCCUCUGAGAAUCUGUGCUGUAGCUAGGUUUUUCAUCCUGCAAGCGUGUUUCUAGUCCAUAAGAUUAUAGAAAUAAUGUUGAAAACCUUGUAUGGUGUAGUUUUGCAAAUCGGAGCCAUAGGGCUGAGCAGAAAAUCUACAGGAGCUGCAGCGCUCUGGGUAACCCUUUGUCCUUUUCCUUAGCUAGCAAAAACAGAAGACAAUUGUGUAAUAUAAGCAAAUGUAUGCACAUUGGCUUAAUUUGCAUAAUGUGCUCCAUUGACUAUUUUUUAAAAGCACAGCCAUGGUUCUGAGUAUUGUCGUCUUAUACCCUGAUGGGCAGUAUUGCUGACUUACAGUGCCUUGCAUAUUUGCAGGCACUUACAGAACUUCCAAAAAAGUGGGUUCUUUUUAUAAAAAUGUGGGUCAAUGCCAAGUCUCUCACAGUGUUGUGAGAGUGUGUUUGUGUGUGUAUUGUAUUAUGCAGGGCCAGCCUUACCAUUAGGUAGAGCAAAGCAGCUGUCUCAGGUAGCAGAUGCUGGAGGUCGGAGCUGGAGGUACCAUGCGGCUUUCCAUAUGCCACCUAAGCUAGCCUGCUACCCUCAGGUGCAGUGCAGGAUGCUGACCUGUCAUCAUUGUUGAUGUAAGAUUGACUUUCCAGGCCUGUCUGUACACAGAAUGGGAGGGAGGAAGUCUUACGCUUUCUUCUCUGUUGUAGCUUAGGCAGAAUGUCAAGCUAUUGACACAAUGGGCCUCCUUCCCUCUACCGCUGCCUUUGAGCAAGAGGUGGUGUUUGCAGUAUUACAGAAAUAAGCUAGGGAAAAUGCCAUCUAUAUGUUUAAAUUGUAAACCGCCCUAAGAGCUACAGUUAUAGGGGCGGAAUACAAAUAAUAAUAAUAAUUUCAAUUAAAAAGCAAUCCUCUUU